AUGGCCACCAAGCGGAAGGUUUCGGUCAUGGGCGCCACUGGAGACGAUGGACCGGUCGACCCUUCAGAUGAGCUAGCGUUCUAUUGUCUCGGCGGAGGAAAUGAAGUCGGACGAUCAUGUCAUAUCAUUCAAUACAAGGGCAAGACGGUCAUGCUCGAUGCGGGCAUGCACCCAGCUAAAGAAGGGUUCUCAGCAUUACCGUUCUUCGAUGAGUUCGAUUUGAGCACUGUGGAUAUUCUCUUGAUCAGCCAUUUUCACGUUGACCAUUCAUCGGCCCUUCCCUAUGUGCUCAGCAAGACGAACUUCAAAGGUCGUGUCUUCAUGACACAUGCCACCAAGGCCAUUUAUAAAUGGCUCAUUCAAGAUAAUGUCCGUGUUAGCAAUACAUCUUCUUCCUCAGACCAACGCACAACUCUAUAUACGGAGCGCGAUCACCUUUCCACACUUCCUUUAAUCGAAACCAUCGAUUUCAACACAACCCACACUAUCAAUAGCAUUCGCAUCACCCCAUUCCCUGCUGGACACGUUCUCGGCGCAGCUAUGUUUUUGGUCUCAAUCGCCGGCUUGAACAUUUUGUUUACCGGAGACUAUUCUCGCGAGGAAGAUCGACACUUGAUUCCAGCUGAAGUACCGAAGGGAAUUAAGAUCGAUGUGCUGAUUACAGAGUCUACAUUUGGUAUUUCGUCCAAUCCACCCAGACUGGAACGAGAAGCUGCUCUCAUGAAGUCAAUCACAGGCGUCCUAAACCGUGGAGGUCGUGUUCUCAUGCCCGUUUUUGCUCUUGGUCGUGCGCAAGAGUUACUUUUGAUUCUCGAGGAAUACUGGGAACGACACCCAGAACUACAGAAAGUUCCGAUUUACUAUAUUGGUAAUAUGGCGCGUCGUUGCAUGGUUGUAUACCAGACAUAUAUUGGCGCCAUGAACGACAACAUUAAACGACUUUUCCGGCAACGCAUGGCCGAGGCUGAGGCGAGUGGAGAUAAGAGUAUAACGGCAGGACCAUGGGACUUCCGCUUUGUUAGGAGUCUCCGAAGUCUAGAGCGAUUUGACGAUGUCGGCGGCUGCGUUAUGAUUGCAUCGCCGGGUAUGCUUCAAACGGGAACCAGCCGAGAAUUGUUAGAAAGAUGGGCGCCCAGUGAACGUAAUGGUGUAGUUAUGACAGGUUACAGUGUCGAAGGGACAAUGGCUAAGCAACUGCUUAAUGAGCCUGAUCUAAUCCCUGCUGUUAUGUCUAAGGGCAAUGCUGUCCAAGGUCGCGGACGAGUACCAGGGGGCAAUGAUGAAGAUCAAAAAGUCAUGAUUCCCCGUCGUUGUACUAUCGACGAAAUUAGUUUUGCAGCCCAUGUUGAUGGUGUAGAGAACCGAAAUUUCAUUGAAGAGGUUGCCGCACCGGUUGUGAUUCUGGUACACGGCGAAAAACACCAAAUGAUGCGACUGAAGUCCAAGCUACUCAGUCUCAACGCAGACAAGACCGUCAAAGUUAAGGUUUAUACGCCUGCUAAUUGCGAUGAAGUUCGCAUCCCCUUCAAGAAAGAUAAGAUUGCCAAGUUAAUGGCUGGAGUUCUGGUUCAAAAUGGAUUCGAUCUAUCACUGAUGGCCCCUGAUGAUCUCCGAGAAUAUGCUGGUUUAACGACAACCACCAUUACAUGCAAACAGCACCUGACACUCAGCUCUGCUAGCAUGGACCUGAUCAAAUGGGCUCUAGAGGGAACCUUUGGGGCCAUUGAAAAGAUUGGCAGUACCAAGGAAGGAAACAAGCCAGUCAAUGGCGACGCAGGAGAGAAAGCCGAUGAGGAAAUCCCCAUGGGAGAGACACAAGCAUAUCUGGUCAUGGGCUGUGUGAUCUUACGUCACCACCCGCGAACCCAUGAAGUCGAACUGGAAUGGGAGGGUAACAUGAUGAAUGACGGUGUUGCCGAUGCUGUCAUGGCUGUGCUACUCACAGUUGAGAGCAGCCCGGCCUCAGUGAAGCAAUCGGCAAAACAUAAUCAUCACCAUCACCACCAUCAUGAUGACGAGGACAUCGAUAUGCAGCUGCCCAAUCCCCACUCAUAUGUUGAUGCCGACGACCGACUUUCUCGUCUCCUUAUGAUGCUCGAAAUGCAAUUCGGCUCCGAGAUUUCUCCCAUCGAGCGACCACGUAUCCCAGCUGACCUUGCGACUGGCCCCACAGACGGCGAGCAGCCAACUGAACUUGACGAGGAGCGUGUUGCGGACAUCGAGUCGGCGGAAUUGGAGCGCCUUCAUGCCUUGGGCAUCCCCGUCCCUGGUAUUGAAAUCAAGGUGGAUAAGCACGUUGCCCGUGUCUGGCUAGAGAACCUGGAAGUCGAAUGCGCCAGUGCUAUUCUACGUGACCGAGUUCGUAUUGUUGUCGAACGGGCGGUUGAAACCAUUGCGGGUCUCUGGGCAGCCAGUUCAAUGCCUAAGGAGGCCGUCGUUCCAAAUGGCUCCAUGAAAACGCAAGAAGAAAUCGAGGCUGCUGCUAUUGAGAAGGCCGCUGCCAUCGAGACGCAAGGUUAA